UUAUUAUUUUCCUUCAUACUGGGUUUGGAGAACUAAUUGAGGAGAUCAGAAAGAAAAGUAAGGGAUAAAAUGUAUUUAGAGCAGUAACAGUAGAACAGACCCAUAGUGUUGACGAAGGAAACAAACAAAAGGCAUGCACACUCACACUUCAUAUAAUGUACUUCAAUUAUGGGAAUAAAGCAAGUUUAUUUAAGUUGGCUUUAAAACCUUAACUGCAUAGGUCCCUCCGUUUUUAAGUCUUAAGAACUUGUCAAUGGUAAUGCAAAUGUGGGUUAGCUGGACCGUGUAUUUAUAUUUCUCAUAUUUGCGCUUGGUUGUUGAAUAUGGGAAUUCUUUUUCCAUAUUUAAUAAAGGUGUCUCUAAUCUAGAACUCUUCGUCUAAGUGUUAGCUUGCUCCUUGUUCCCCUCUUUCUCUGUGCCAUUCUCUCUCCCCAUAUCUCUUACUGUACGUGUGACUAUGGAAGGUGGUCUUCCCAUGCUUAACUGUCUCUUACAGCACGCACUAAGAAGCCUUUGUGCGUUUUCAGAUUCUUGUAAUUCUUCCAAAUGGGUUUAUGCAAUCUUUUGGAGGAUACUGCCUAGAAAUUAUCCUUCACCAAAGUGGGAUUAUGGAGGCACAGCCCUUGAUCGUUCCAAAGGAAAUAAAAGAAACUGGAUUCUUGUUUGGGAGGAUGGAUUUUGUGAUUUUGUUGAAUGUGAGAGAGCGGGAAGUGGGUAUAUGAAAGGGAGGUUUGGAUCAGAUGUUUUCUUCAAAAUGUCUCAUGAGGUCUAUAAUUAUGGAGAAGGCUUAGUAGGAAAAGUUGCAGCAGACAACAGUCACAAAUGGGUGUUUAAGGAGACCUCGAAUGAGAGAGAUCCUAAUUUCAUCUCCGCAUGGAAUACGACUAUUGAACCUCAACCUAGAGCAUGGGAGUUUCAGUUCAAUUCAGGCAUUCAGACAAUCGCAAUCAUUUCAGUUAGAGAAGGCAUCAUUCAGUUGGGUUCAUUUGACAAGAUUGUGGAAGAUCUCAAUCUAGUGAUUAAUAUACAGAGGAAAUUCAGCUAUCUUCAGAGCAUACCAGGAGUUUUCGCCAUACAAAGGCCAUACCUGCCAAUCCAACAUCCGUACAUUCUUAAACCCAAUAUCACAGUCAUCGAAAGCCAAGAAACAGCUGUCCCAGUUCAUGACAAUAAGCGCGGAGUAAAGAGAUUAUUCGACGAAAGAUUUGACGAUAUUCCUGUCAAGUCCAUCAGCUUGGGGUGGAACAACCCACAAAAUGGAAUUGCAGGACCACCCUUUUGGUCAAUUCCACCUCUUUUGCCGACCAUGUCUUGCAGUCUCGGAGCUUUGUUAUCGAAGCUGCCAUCUGUAAUUCCGUCAUCCUAUCCUAGCAUACAAGCCUUUGAUGCACCUCACGUUAACUGCACCAGUAAUAACAGUUUAAGCCAGAUUUCCAAGGUUGAUAAUUGUGGUUUAGCAAGAGAAGUUUCCACAAAAGUGGAAUCUUCUUCAUGUCAACUAGAUGCUGUUCAUGAUGAAAAGGUAAUUCCCGUACGCCCUAAUCAAGGAUUAGAAAUUGGGGUUGUUGGCUUUGGACACCGGAGGGAGGGACAAAUUACAGGAAACCUCAACUAAUUAGCAAUACCAAAUCGUAUUUAUUAUUGGCUUUUGGGUGGUUGGAUUAUGAAUCAUGACCUCAAGUCAUUUGCUUAUGCCUCUUGUUCAUCAACUAUUUAAGUAAUAAAAAUAAUUUAAUGUUGUCUAAAGUAAA